ACAGGCACCUAUCCCAAGUCGCAGAGGCCAAUCGGCGUUCCGGCCGGCAACAACUCGCAAUGGACGCCGCGCACGCGGUCGAUUCGGCGGUCGCGCGUCCUCGCCGUCGUCGCGGUCCUGCUCCUCUUCAUCCUCUGGUACAACCACGGCCCCAAGGAGCCCACGACGCGCCUGAUGCGCAACGGGCUGGACGAUGACGGCGUCGACUGGUCGCGCUUCGCGUACAGCCAGUAUGCCACCAACAGCGCGUACCUGUGCAACUCGGUCAUGGUCUUUGACGCGCUGAAAAGGCUCGGGAGCCGCGCCGACCGCAUCCUCUUCUACCCGGCCGAGUGGGACACAAUCAUACACGACAAGGUGGACCGCGACAGCCAGCUGCUGGUCAAGGCGCGCGACUGGUUGGACGUCAAGCUCAUCCCGGUGAACAUGCAGAGCGUCAAGCGCCAGGCCGAGGAGGAUGACGAGGAGGAAACCUGGGACUUCAGCAUCAACAAGUUCCUCGCCUGGAACCAGACCGAGUACGAUCGCAUCCUGCACCUCGACUCGGACAUUACGCUUUUCAAGCACCUCGACGACCUGUUCUUCCUCCCCGCCGCCGACGUCGCCAUGCCCCGCGCCUACUGGGAGCUGCCCUACACGCGCAAGCUAACCUCGCUGCUGGUGCUGCUGAAGCCAUCGGUGCAAGAAUAUGAAGCUCUCAUCCACGCGGCCUUCACGUCCGAGGGCACAGUCAAGAAAUUCGACAUGGAGAUCCUCAACGACCGCUACCGCGACUCGGCCAUGGUGCUCCCGCACCGCGCGUUUGCGCUCCUGAGCGGCGAGUUCCGCGCCAAAGACCACUCGCACUACCUCGGCAACGACUACGAAAUCUGGGAUACCGACGACAUGCUGCGCGAGCUGCGCCUCGUCCAUUUCUCCGACUGGCCCAUGCCCAAGCCGUGGGUCAUGUGGCCCCAGGCGCUGCUGAAGGAUAUGCUCCCUAAGUGCAGGAGCAACCCCGGCACCCCGCGCGAGAGCGGGUGCGACGACCGCGAGGUCUGGCGGGAGCUGUACGAUGACUUUAGGGGGAGGCGAAGAGAUAUCUGCGGCUACUUGAGUAUUCCGGCACCGAACUGGCCGCCCACGCCUAAGAUGUCGAAGCCGAAACCUGGCUCUGAAAAGAAAGACGCCUCUAAGGACGCCUAAGCUGUUGCGUCCUGCAUGGUACAGCCUGCUGGCGCGACGCGUGCAUGAUACACUAUGCGCCAAUGUAUGGCGCGCGAACUGCCACGUCGAGAAGAACUACAUUCAGGCCGGGGAUGCUUUACCAAAGACAUCAUCCUGAUUCAGGCUUCAACGAUUAACUCGACGAACGGUCCCACAUUGCCGGCCUGCAAUGUCGAGUCGUAUGUACGACUUCAUCGCGGGCAUAUGUGCAGGGGAAUAGAAGACACAAGUGGCCACGGUACUUGAAACAGACCGUGACUGAUUGUGGCCUUUUAGGGCCGCAGAACGCUCUGAGGACCAGCUGAAAAGCGGUAGAGAUGUACGAGCGCGGCCAGGUAAAGAAAUUUUAUGAGAUGAGUUGGUUAUAUAUCUGAUAGAAU